AUGGCAGAAGCAUCUGCUCUUAGUGUACAAAUAGCUCGUGGUUUAAGCGAUAAAGUUUACGAGAAACGUAAGGCAGCUGCAUUAGAAGUAGAAAAGCUAAUUAGAACGCAUUUAGCCUCUAAUAGUGUGGAAAAAAUUAGAAGUAUUAUUGAAAAACUCGCUCAAGAUUUUGUUAAUUCUGCGAAUCCAAAUUCACGUAAUGGAGGCCUAAUAGGUUUAGCAGCUGCAGCAAUCGCUUUAGGACCAGAUGUAGCUGUCUAUUUAGAUGAUAUUGCUACGCCAGUUCUUUCUUGCUUUACUGACCAAGAAUCGCGUGUAAGAUAUUAUGCAUGUGAAAGUAUGUAUAAUAUUGCAAAAGUUUCUAAAGGCGAAAUUUUAAGAUAUUUUAAUGAUGUCUUUGAUGUAAUGAAUUCUGACUUAUCAGUGAAAAACGGAACAGAAUUAUUGGAUAGGUUAAUUAAAGAUAUUGCAGCAGAACAGUCAACCACGUAUGUUUCAGUUUUAAACUCCCAAAAUCUCGUUUCAAAUGACGAACAAGAUUUUUCAACAGACCCAAUGGCAAUUCCAAGAACAACAGCAUUUUCGUUACCAAAAUUUAUUCCAUUGUUGGCUGAACGUAUCCGUGUUAAAAAUCCAUUUACACGAUUAUUUUUGGUUUCGUGGAUUACGGUCUUAGACUCAAUACCAGAUCUUGAAUUGGUUUCUUUUUUGCCAGACUUUUUGGACGGAUUAAUAAGUUUUUUGAGUGAUCCAAAUGAAGCCGUGUGCGCCGCAACUUCCAAUGCUUUAGCAAGUUUUUUGACAGAAAUACGCGAAGCUGUUGAAGUUAAAGAACAGCAAAAACAACAAGCUAUGAAAAUUUUUUAUGUUGAACAACAACGAAAAUUUGCAAAUUUAUCAGAAAAUAAUAAUGAAACAAGUGAUAGCUUGAAAGAUGGUGGCUGCAUUGACGAUGAUAAUCCUAAUUUGGUUAAAUCAGUUGAUGCUGGAGAUGCCUUUUGGGAUUCUAUAUCUAUAAGUGAGAUGGAGGGUAAAGGUAAAGGAACUUGGAUCCCUGGUCAAAGUGUAGAAAUCAAUUUUACCAAAAUUAUUGAAAUUUUAAUGCCACAUUUAAGUUCAUCAGUUGAACAGAUUCAAGAAACAGCAUUGAGAUGGAUAAAUGAAUUUAUUAAUAUUGCUAAAGAAGUGGUCAUCAGCUUUACACCUCAAUUAAUAAAUGCUGUAUUACCUUCUUUAGCUCACUCAUUGUCAACAAGUUCACAUAACAAACUUUCAAAAUCAACCAAUGUAGAUGUAAAGAUUGAAUCAAAUAAUGUUGUAAAUACCUUGCCUUUAAUAAAGGAGGAAGUCGAUCCUUUUGAUUAUCAUUCGACAGUUAGAUCAUUGGUGCAUCAAUUUACCAACGACCACGAAGAAACAAGAAUUGCAAGUUUGGACUUGUUGAUAAUGCUUCAUAAAAAAGCACCAAAAAAAAAGAUACUUGCCUUUGAUGAUGGGUAUUUUCCAGAUCUAUUAAAACUUCUUUCAGAUCCAUCAGAGGAAGUUGCAAAGCGUGAUCUUCAGCUGCUUGCACAAUUAUCCUCAAGUUCCGAAGAUGAAUAUUUUACAAGAUUUAUGAUCGAUUUAUUGAAACUGUUUGCUACUGAUCGCAAACUAUUAGAAAACAGAGGAAGUCUGAUUAUUCGGCAUUUAUGUUUAAGUCUUAAUCCAGAAAGGAUAUACAUGAGCUUUGCUGAGAUUUUGGAAAAAGAAGAGGACAUAGAAUUUGCUUCAAAUAUGGUACAAAAUCUCAACAGUAUACUUAUAACGUCGCCAGAACUUUUAGAUUUAAGAAGAAGAUUAAAAAACUUAGAGGCAAAGGACGGACAAGUGCUGUUUACAGCAUUGUAUAAAUCAUGGUGUCAUAAUCCAGUUGCAACAUUUUCACUUUAUCUCAGAUUACAACUACUUGAACCAGACAAAUACCCACAUUUGGUAAAAUGUUUAUAUGGAUUAUUGAUGUUAUUACCACAAAGUAGUGCAUUUGCAAGUUUAAAAAAUAGAUUGACAAGUGUCAGUUCUAUGGGAUUUUUACAUUUGAUACCAAAAAGUCCAAACGAUUCAAAAAAAUCAAUUAGUAAAUUAUUAUCAUCAAGAGGUGAAGGAAUUAAGUUUCAAGAUUUGUUAACGCAUUUUAAAACAGUUCAAACAAAACAUGAAAAAGUUCGUAAACAAGCUCGUACUAUUCAUUUUAAGAAAGGUGGUGGUAGUACGCAUAGAAGAAGAAAUCAUGAUUAA